AUGCAGUAUGUUCGAUUGCAUUAUGAAACAUGUCCUGAAUUGAUAUUGCAUUUAUUACUACAUGAAUGGAGAAUACGUGUGCCUAAUUUAGUCAUAUCUAUUGUCGGUGGAUUGGCUAAUGCGCCAUUACAAGCAAAAUUACAACAAGUUGUCCAAAGAGGUAUACUUAGAGCAGCUAAAACAACUGGUGCUUGGAUUAUAACUAAUGGAUUAGAUAUUGGUGUAACUCGACAUAUUGGUGAGGCAUUGAAAGAUGAAGUACACAUACGUGGUUCUAAUAUUGUUGCACUCGGUAUAGCACCAUGGGGUUAUGUACAACAUCGUGAAUCACUUGUCGGUUUAGAGAAUACAUGUUCCUAUUAUUCUCAAGGUUGGAGACCUGGUCGUCAAGAAGCUCCACUGAACUCAAAUCAUAAUUAUUUCCUGUUAGCUGACAAUGGAACUGCUGGCAAAUUUGGUGGUGAGCUUGGUCUUCGUCGACGCUUGGAACAGCACUUGGCUCAACAACCCAUUGAUAUGAGACGUUACGGAUUGCUACAAGCACAGAGAACAUGUCUGGAUCAUAUAUAUGAUGGUGGAAUAGUGUUACGAGAAGAUCAUGAAAUACACAGCAAGUGAUAUUUCCAACACAGUUCACCUUUUUCAUACAUCUCACUUCCAUCACUUUAACUACACUACUAUAAAAAAUGAAUGUUAGAAUAUUUAGUUAUGUAGUGUAUAAUGAAU